CAUGAGUUCAUGAAUGUAAAUGUUUGUGAUAUGACCCGAGAAUCUAUAAAAGGCUAAGGGUGGCGCCAGAUGGGGCAGUCUCUCAUCGUCUUGACGGGGUAAGUGUUGAGAUUAACUUAAGUACAACCUUAUGCAUGAUACAAUUAAACUUCCGUACAUACAUUUCAAAAAGCUACUUGUCUAUGAAUGCAGAAAUAAUCUACUUGAAGAAAAGACACGCAAGAACAAUUAAAAAAAAAAAAAAAAUUUUUUAAACACCGUCUGUGGAAUCAAAACUUGAACAGAAAUUCCAUACUAAUAAAGUAAACAACCCCUUGAAAGAAAGGUUUUCGUAUCAAUCCUUUAUAUGCAAUUCUUUUGUUUGCUGUUAUGUAACUGUACGGGAUAUAUCGCUUAUGUUAUUGUAACAACUGAUUUUUUUAUUUGGGAAUGUUUUUUUUAAUGUAACUUAGUGCCUGUAAAACCUAAAAGACUAGAGAUAAAUUUAAACCCAAAUACGUCACAAAUGCAAAGCGCGAAGCAACAGCUGCACAAUUAGUCUCCACACCGAAACACGCAACCAUUAAACAAAUCAUAUUUAAUUCAUCUUUCCAUUGAAAAACAGGAGAAAAAAAACAACUGAUUUUUUGGGGUUGUGGUGUCGCUGAAAAUUUGAAAGAAUGUGUUGUCAUCGACAACGAGCAUAUGAGCCAAGUUUAAGCUCGACAGGUCAACGGGAAGUGGAUCAAUUAACCGUACGAAGAUUUUGUCACACACUCAAAUAGAAAGAAAGAAACACAAACAAAAGCGAAGUUAAUACAAAGGAUUUUAAAAUAGAGGUUCGCAGUACGCGCACGUGUAAAAUGAAAUCUUCAUCAUCUGGGAAAAAAUAUGUUUCAUGUUUAGCUUUGAAAUUUCUGAAGAAUUUACAGCUUUUUAAUAAAAAGUUCGUUAAAAUAUCACCCCCCCCCCUUUUCCACACACACAUUUAGUUUAAACAAAUGCACAAUAUUGUUAGUGAAUUAUUAUGAUAUUCGACGCCUCUGAGGCCAGAAAAUUGAAGGCAAUGUGGUGAUAUUCAGCGUCAUUGAUCACUUUUUUAUUUGUGAUUAAUAAGGUGUAUGAAUAAUAGAUGAGUCCGGGAGUAUUUCUCAGUUCAUAACGUUUCUUUGUGGUUUUCCAGGAACUCAUGUUACCGACUUUUCAUAUUAUCAUAAUUGAUAAUUGAUCAAUGUCGAAAUAUUUUAUUGAAACUUUCUAAGCUUUUCAAUGUAAAAUUGCAUUCAGCUACUCUACCGAGAUUUAUGAAUAGCGCCCAAUGGUGAAGAAUGCGAUAAAUCACUAGCCUUUCAAAACACAAUGAAACAAUUUGAAAAAAGACUUUAAAAAAACACACUCUUUUCCCAAAAAUGUACUAAAAAAGUUUUUUUUAAAGUAAAGUUUCCAAAAAUUUAGUGUUGUUACAGUCAUAUGAGUGGGCAAAGCGUGGGCCGCCCAUGAAUUACAAUGGCAUCGUAUGACUUUACGAAUGCAAUGUUGGACACAUGUACACAGCGUGCAUUGCUACACGUAAGCGUGACGUGACUCAGUUGUUUUGAUACGUACGAUGUAAUCACGGAAACACGAGAUCUCACAGCUAAGGUACGCUCCUAAUCGAUCGGGAUCUUGACAUGUGGGGGUGAAAUUAGCGGUACCGCUGCGUGCAUGUCUUUGCUGCUUGCAAAGAACAUUGAGUUCAUGGGCGCCCCCCCCCCGUUUUUUUAGUCAUAUGAAUGAAACAACUCUGAAGAUGUGUGUUCAUUUAUUUUAUACUUUGAACUACUAUUUUGAAAAAUAGUCUUUUUUAAAGUGUAUUUUUUAAUUAUUAUUAUUUUUUAAAACUGUUUUUGUUUUGGAAGAUGUAAUUUCAAACCCAGAAGUAUGUUGAAAAUUUUGACCAAAUAGAGUGAUUUUGAGAUUGCGUAGUAGGUCAAAAUUGAGAUGAAAGAUUCCACCACAAACAAACAAAUGAUCAGAGCAAUCUAAGUAAAAUCGCAUAAUAAAAUGUAUCUUUCAGAUAACAAUUUUUUCCGAGCUAGUUCAUAAAUAUACUUUUUGAAAUUAUUUUGUUUUGCAGACCUAUUAGAUUCAUACAAGAAUGGUUCGCAUUGAGCUUAUCAUGGCCAUGGUGGCUGUAGCCAGCGCCCAGUACGGGUAUCCACCUCCAGGUACUCCGGGCAUUCCCUAUGAAUAUCCUUACGAGAGGUACAACCCAGGGGCUCCUGGCUAUGACGAUGAGCAGCCGUCCUAUCCCAGCGUGCCGUCUUAUCCCAGUGGACCUUCUUAUCCAGCUGGACCCACUAAACCCAGCGGACCAUCCUAUCCCAAUGGUCCCUCCAAACCCAGCGGACCAUCCUAUCCCAAUGGUCCCUCCAAACCCAGCGGACCAUCCUAUCCCAAUCGUCCAUCCAAACCCAGCGGACCAUCCUAUCCCAAUAGUCCCUCCAAACCCAGCGGAUCAUCCUAUCCCAAUGGUCCCUCCAAACCCAGCGGACCAUCCUACCCCAAUGGUCCCUCCAAACCCAGCGGACCAUCCUAUCCCAAUGGUCCAUCCAAGCCCAGCGGACCAUCCUACCCCAAUGGUCCUUCCAAACCUAGUGGAAAUUCCUAUCCCAACGGCCCGUCCUAUCCUAACGGCCCAUCUUACCCAAGUGGACCAUCCAAUCCUAAAGGACCUUCCUAUUCAGAUGACGAUGAUGAGUAUAAUGUUUAUGAUCCCAGUUACGACUAUAACACACAAGGCCUAUACAGCCCUGGUGCCUGUAAGUAAUCUCGGUGACCUGUAGUAUAAGUAAGUUGUACACUAUAAUCAUUGUAAGAGCAUAACAUGUUUAUGACUAUUUGAUCUAGUAAUCAAACCGUUUAGAUCUCAAAAGUAUCAAACAUGUUACGACGAAUCAUGGUGCGCAAUCAAAUGUUCAUAGAAUGUUGUGUCAUGAUGGAAAGGUUACUGUGCACCGUGUGUAGUUGUUGUUUUUUCCCCUACCAUUACCACUGAGAUAAUCCCAUGAGGAUUAGGAUUGUACUAAGGUGUCACCAUCUUUAUUAAUGUUCCAUGUUAUUGUAUUGUAUGUCGUGUCAGGUUGUAAUAAUGUUUCAUCCUAUGUUGCGUCAUGUUUCAUUAACACAUUAUAUAUAUACAUACGAGUUUUUGCAAAUUAUCGAACAUGCUGAUGACCAAAUAUUUUUAACACUACUCUCAAAAGGAAAUACAUUGCUUUUAUUUGUAAAUCUCAAUGAAUUUAGCGGAGAGCCAAAGAGACCAGAGAUUUUGAAAUACCAAACCAUAUGUUUUAACAAAAAAUGUGACAUAAUUCGUUUCAUAAACAUAUUGAGCUUUUCGGUUUAUUCAAGAAUCAGAUUUUAAAAAAUAAAAUAUUGUAGUGAUUUAAUAUAGCUGAUUAUAGUUUUAAUUUUAAACCACAAGAUAAUGUUUGUUUAUCAUAAUUAAACCCUUCUUCAUAAAGUAGGCUAUAUAAAGAAAUUGACACCUCAAACCCAGUGGUAUGUUGUAGUCGUGAACUGUCAAUAAAUACCACCUUAAUGCUAACGUUUCUCUUGUGAUAUUUUUAAGACCCCUGCGGAUACAAUGAUAAGGGCAAACUUUACUCAGUCAAUGGUGUUUGCUUCGCCUACUUCGAGUGUGUUGAUGGGCAGUCCUUGUAUCGCCAGUGUAACGAUAACUACAGGUUCGACGCAGCAUCCGGCAAGUGUGUAGCUGACAAGUCCUGCACCACAGGUAACAAAUCAGGACAGGUGGUACAACCCCCUUUGCUCCAUGAAUCCAUCCAUCCAUCCAUCCAUCCAUCCAUCCUUCCAUCCAUCCAUCCACCCCUUUGGCGCUACAGCCCAAGAAGGGCUUUGGCCUGUCUCACCACUUCCUUACACUCAGACCUUCCAUCCAUCCAUCCACCCCUUUGGCGCUACAGCCCAAGAAGGGCUUUGGCCUGUCUCACCACUUCCUUACACUCAGACCUUCCAUCCAUCCAUCCCUUUGGCGCUACGGCUCAUGUAGGGCUUUGGCCUGUCUCACCACUUCCUUACACGCGGACCUUCCAUCCAUCCAUCCCUUUGACGCUACAGCUCAUGUAGGGCUUUGCGGACAGAGUGGUGAAGGAAACACUCAGACCUUCCAUCCAUCCAUCCCUUUGGCGCUACAGCUCAUGUAGGGCUUUGGCCUGUCUCACCACUUCCUUACACGCGGACCUUCCAUCCAUCCAUCCCUUUGACGCUACAGCUCAUGUAGGGCUUUGGCCUGUCUCACCACUUCCUUACACUCAGACCUUCCAUCCAUCCAUCCCUUUGGCGCUACAGCUCAUGUAGGGCUUUGGCCUGUCUCACCACUUCCUUACACUCGGACCUUCCAUCCAUGCCUGUAGCGCUACAGCCCAGGUGGGGCUUUGGCCUGCCUCACUACUUCCUUCCACUCAGACCUAACUAAUGCUUGAAUUCCCAACUGCUGUAGAUCUUUUUCCACACGAUCCAUCCAUCGAAGCCCAUGUCUGCCUUUGAGAUUUUCUCCUCUGAUGUUUUGGUGGUGCACCCUCUUCACUCCUCUGUCAUUUGGCAUUCUUCCUAAGUGUCCCACCCAGCGUAGCCUGUUCUUUUUAAUUUCUGCUACUAGCGUGGGUUCGUGGUAUGGUCUAUACGAUUCUUGAUUAUAUCGUAUUCUCCAUCCAAAUUCAUCCUCUGUUGAUCCGUAUAUUAUCAGGAGAACUUUUCUCUCCCAUGAAUUCAAGGGGGACAUUAUGCAGAUACCUCCGAAAAGCCAAACCUGGGAAAUCGAACCGCUGCUUCAUUUUAAUAUUUUGCCUUAUAAUUGUAUUAUUUUAGGUUUUUUUAUAGGUUUUUCUAUUUUAUUGAUUUUUAGAAUAGAAAAAAAGGUUAUCUUAUCAUAUUAAGGCUUAAAUUCAUUUCAAAUAGAAUUCGUUUUACUAGAGAGUAGAAAAUAAUCCGCAAUUUUCAACCUAGCUAUUACAAACAGUAACUAUAAAUAGUAUUUAAACUAGGAAAGUUAAAAAGAGUCCAUUCUGAACCCAAAAAAAGAUGAUCUCUUUGCAACACCACGGAGAAUCAGAGGAAUGUCUUGAUCAUUAACACUGAUUAAUUUUCUAAUACUUGAUGAGAUUAAUGUUGUAUUCGAUAUAUGCCCUUGCAAACUCUUCAGCUUGUCCCAACGGAUGGUAUGCACAUCCAAACAACAUCUACAAGUUCAUACUUGGAGGUCAAGAGAUGGACUGCCCUCAAGGCACUUACUUUGACUACAAGAUCUGCACCUGCAACCACAAUUACUGUAAGAAUGUAUAAUCCAACUCAAUGAAAUGCUAAUGACAACACAAAAAUUAAUAUAGGGGAAAUGAAGAAGAAAAAACAACCAACAUCGACACCAGCAUCGAAAAGAAUAGAAUAAAAUACAAGACAGUUGUCCUUCUUAGAAUGUUUAUUAAUAGUGGGAUGACGUCAUACAUUGGUUACCUAAAACGUAUUCAAAACGAGGCUAUCUUCAAAUAUUUUUUUUUUUUUUUUUUUUUAAAUUUUCCUCCCCGUUUAGGGUUUUUUUUUUUUCCCCUCUCCCCCCCCCCCCCCAAUUAGUUAUGUGUUCAUUUGAACACUUGCUUUCAGGCUAUGGGUUAAAGACGUCGAUUCCUGUCUGUGUCUGAUGGAAGUAGUUAGAUUUAUGCUCUGUUAUCCUUUUAUCAUAGUGCUGUCUUUUAUAUUGUUUUCUUUUUAUCAUAUGUUGUCUUCUGCCAUAUGUUGUCCUCUGCGAUAUGUUGUACUCUACCAUAUGUUGUCCUCUAUCAUAUGUUUUCCUCUACCCCUACGUUAUCCUCUACCAUAUGUUGUCCUAUAUAUUUUUUCCAUUAACAUAAUGCUUUCCUUUACACAUAUGAUGUCCUUUAACAUGUGAUGUCCUUUAUUUGGUUUUCUUUUAUCAUAAAUUGUCCUUUGUAUUUUUUCCUUUACACAUAUGAUGUCCUUUAUCGUGUGAUGUCCUUUAUAUUGUUUUCUUUUAUCAUAAAUUGUCCUUUAUAUUGGUUAUCUUUCUGACGACUUCGUCCUUGUUGUACGCAUAGAUGUUUGACAUCCCAAUCAAUGUCUCGUUGGAGAUCAGUGUCGUCUCAAAAAAAUGAACUAGUUAUUCUCUUCUCUCCACUCAGUGAUGCCCCGCCGUAGCUACUAUUGACGUGAACAAAAGUAACGAAUGCCAAAUGAGAGAGCGGUGGUGUUGAAGGACAACUUAUGACGAGUGUACAACCACAUGUGUGGUGGUGUUGAAGGACAACUUAUGACGAGUGGACAACCACAUGUGAGGUUAUAAAUGAGCUCAAUGCAUUGGAGGAAAACAACCUUUUGUAAUAAUAUUAUUAAACUCUUGUUUGAACAACGUCUGUCUUAUCUGUUUCACGAGAUUUGAUGUUCGUCUAAAACACUACCGAAUGGAAGAGGCAGAAAUGUAUUUAAAUAAAGACAGCGG